AUGCGCAGAAUCGUCACUGAAAAGCCGAAGAAAGAUUGGGGUGAUUGGAGGCGGAAAAUCCCGUUGGAAGCUUUUGGAGAAAUUGUUCAUUUAAGAGAUCUCAUCAUCACUCAUAAUAUGACACCUUUUCUUUUCUUUGGAUCACUUUUAGGUUGGUACCGCGAGUGCUCCAUCAUCACCCAUACCCAAGAUUUCGAUUUUGGCAUCAGAGUGAUUGAGAUGAAUGAAAACUUUCUAAAGGCAAUAGAAACGAUUGAGGCACCUUUCUGGGCAGAGAGACGAUUGGGAUUGCGAAACGAGUCUCUCGAGUACACAGUGAAAAGUCUGAAAUAUCAUUUCCCGGUCGACAUCUUUUUCCUCUAUGACACCGAUAAUUUCACGUAUGCAGCCGGUCAAUCCCCUGGACUCACCUCCUAUCGAUUCAGCUGGCCAAAAAUUGUUGAUGACGAGAUUUGUGCCGGCGAGUUGUUCAAUCAUUUCUUCUAUGUGCCUUGUGAAAUUGAUAGGCACAUUGUUCAUGAAUUCGGUGCCGAAUGGAAAAAAGAUCGACCAUCUCGUCAUUUCUCAUGGAGUAGUGGGGCGAAGAAUUCGAAAAUCCACAAGCGCUACCCGAAAUUCAUGCGGAAACAAGUCGAGAAAUUCUAU